UCUCUCUCUCUCUCUCUCUCUCUCUCUCUCUCUCUCUCUCUCUCUCUCUCUCUGGUCGUGUUCGGUCUCUCGGUAUAAACACUAAGCGGUAAAAUGAGUGAAAAAGAAGAGAACUCGACAGUAAAAAGCGGAGAUGCGGCAGAACAGGACUGGGAGGCGGCCAAGAGCUUCUACAACAAUCUGAGGAGUAAAAAACCCAGACCUCCAAAGCCAAGCACUGCGAUUACAAUUGCUGUUUCAUCUCGGACUCUGUUCAACAUGGUGGAGGAGAGGAAGAUCUAUGAGGAGAAAGGCCUGGAGCAGUACGUCAGCCACAACCAACAACAUGAGGAUCAACCACUCAAACCUGGAGCAGCCUUCCCCUUUGUCAAGGCGCUGAUGACCGUGAACGCUUGUCUGCGGUCGCUGUACCCAGACAGUGAGGAGCUGUUUGAUAUCGUAUUAAUGACUAAUAACCACGCCCAGGUCGGGGUGCGGCUAAUCAACACCAUCAACCACUACGACCUGUUGAUUGAGAGGUUCUGUAUGACUGGAGGUGAGAGCCCAGUGGGUUACCUGAAGGCGUACAUGACCAACCUGUACCUGUCUAAAGACUCAGUGAAAGUGAAGGAGGCAAUUGAGGAGGGCAUUGCAGCAGCCACCCUGUUCAGUCCAGAUAAAAAGAUGGAUUUGAGUGAGUCUCAGCUCAGAGUAGCGUUCGAUGGCGAUGCUGUGCUUUUCUCAGACGAGUCUGAGAUCAUUGUGAAACAGCAAGGUCUGGACCAGUUCUUUGAGCACGAGAAAGCAAACGUGAACAUACCACUUGCUAAGGGUCCGCUGAAGUGUUUCCUGGAAGCUUUGGGAAAACUUCAGAGAAAGUUCUACGCUAAGAACGAGCGGAUGAACUGUCCGAUCCGCACCUUCCUAGUGACGGCACGCAGUGCUGCGAGCUCUGGAGCUAGAGUUUUAAAAACCCUGCGCAGCUGGGGACUGGAGAUCGACGAGGCACUCUUCCUCGCUGGAGCUCCCAAAGGUCCUCUUCUGGAGAAGAUCAAACCACACAUCUUCUUUGAUGAUCAGAUGUUCCACAUUGAGGGAGCCAAAGAGACCGGCACCAUCUCUGCACAUGUUCCUUAUGGGAUUGGACAGAAAUAUCACAAAGGCAAACUGAUCGAUCAGCCAGGAACACAGAAGUGAGAGAGUGAGAACGCUGAGUUUCAGGAGCAGAAGGUUCUGAUUAUCAUCACUGAAUUAUAAGGAAUUAACAAUCAGAUCAGUCAAAAAGGUUUACAGUAUGCUAACUAGGUAGGUGCUGAUACUCAGUUACACUGAAUGGUUAAGGUUAGAGUUAAGGGUGAUGUUGUGGUGGAGGUCGUUACCAUGGUUACAUGUAGUUUGCUGGUGUAACAUUAGUAAAGUGCAAAUUGACAUUCGGACAAAGUGUUGAAUACAAUGUUUAAUGUUGCUGUGUGCUGAAAAUAUUUAAACAGGUUUGUUUUAGUCGAGAGUUUCUGUUAUUAUUAUUAACUGGAUUUCAGUUAAUGUUCUUAAAGGUGCGGUCUCCGUUGUUUGAGAAACGCUUCAGGGAACCGAGUCGGGACGACAAACAAAACAAAAAACAAAACUGUUAAGUAGA